AUGCCCGUCACGGAGCUCGCCCUUCUACGCAUCAAACAUGCACCUCGAUUCACCGAAGCGAUGGACGCCCUCCACCGCGCAGUAAACCAACAGUUCCUAUGGUCCCAAUUCCCGGUGCGCAUCUUCCGCCAAGUCGAGGAUACGAGCCUCGUGUACCUCCUCGGUGGGUGGCAAUCUAUUGUCGCCCAUCUUGAGGAUUGGAUCCCUUCCGAUCCUAAUCAGAAAGCAUUGUCCACUCUUGCGGAGCAUUUCAGCAUUGAGUGGAUGUUUCAUGUCGAUAUUGAGGCACCGAUGCUCAGUAUCAACCGGUAUUUUGUUAAACAGGGUCGAGGGAAGGAUUUUCAAGAUCUUUUCGCAACACGAACUCGUCGGCUUGAGAAUUAUAUUGGUGAACACUUGAACAACUUUACUGGAGGCUGGCGUCUUGAUCCAGAGGGCAGCGAGGGGGAAUUUGUCUUUUUCAGUGCGUGGGACGAUGCGAAAAAGCUCGAUGAAGCAUUGGAUGAGGAUCGGGGAUAUUAUGAAUUUACUAGCGCCAAGACGAUCGUUAUAGGAGUCGAGAUGAAGAAUGCCGUCUUUGAAUUUGAGACCUUCAAGUGA